GGUCUGUCAAACGCAAAAAACGUCAAGACAGCCAUAAAAGUUGUUGCCUUUUAGCACUUGAUGUUGGAGAUCAUUUGUUAGGGUAGAUAAGCAACUCACAUCCAGUUCUAUCGGUUCACACCGUUUAAGUGAGUACCAUAACUGUCUGGUGUUUCAGUACACACGUGUAUUAAGAGUUUUUCUUGUGUCGUCUCGUGAACAUGGACAAAAUAGCCCACGCAGAUGUUGGUGACAUUCAGUCAAGGUUGCUGGACCAUAGGCCAGUCCUACAAGGAGAGAUCAGGUAUUUUGUACGAGAAUUUGAGGAGAAGCGAGGCUUUAGGGAGUGUCGUCUAUUAGAAAACUUGAACAAGCUGGUGAUUGAGACCAAUGAGCAAGUAUUGCCCAGGUGCACCAAGACCAUGCAUGGAAAUUUACUUGACGCUCUCAGUCGCUUGGAAGCUGUAACUCGUAUGACGCAGAGAAUCCAGGAGAGGGAGCUAGAAACACAUAGCAUGAUUCUUCAGGAGGGUGUGGAGAAACGCAGAGCAGACUGGCAGGACUUUGUGAAACAGCAAUCUUGGCUAAAGGAGGAGGUGGAUGAAGAACAUGCUAAAGCUGUGGGAAGACUCAGUACACAGUACAGUGAGAUAAGGAAAGACCUUGCCAAGUUUUCCCAUUUCUGAAGUUCUCUAUGGAUGCUCUUGUUUUUGGACAGUAUUUUUGAAAAUGUUCUUCUGCAGCUUGAUGAUCAACGUACAGAGAAGGCCUAAGGAAGCCUGUUAUAUGGUUUUCAGAGAACAUGUGUGCCUCAUUUGCUUUAUUCUCUGCAUGUAUUCAAAAUCGAUAUGUGGUCGAAGAAUUUAAAAGAAAAUGAGCGGUUUACAUAAAAUAUGUAGUUAAGCGAAUUGUUUAAAGUUACACACAAAUCUUGUAUAAAGUUGUUGAACAGAAAUUUGAUCUACUAGCAUGAGUUAUAUAUUAGUUAUGUAUAAAGUGUAUAAUCCACUGAAUUACUAUUAACUUGAUCACAACACUGGGGAUGUUGCAGAUCAUUAACUCGCGCAUGACACAGUGGUGCAGUAGAUAGCAUUGUGCCUUAAAGCUCCAGUAUUCAGGGUUCCCUCCUCAACUUUGGUGAAUGUACCAAAACAAAUGGAGCAAACUCGGUACUUUUUUUAAACUUCUGUGCUCAAUUUGCAUGUAGCUUUUACAUAGGUCCCCUUCAGAUGUUUAGAUGUUUGACCAACUGCUUUGCCAGCCCUAGAUGGAGUUAGGCCAGCAGUUGAAAUAUAAAUAGCUUGUACUGUUUUAAUAUUUUCCUAAUCUGCAGAGUAUAGCUUGAGCACUGUAUUUUGUACAUUCUGUGUAUAAGCAUAAAAACUUGUUAGAAGUGAUUCUGCAUAGGUCAUAAAACAGUGUACAUAUAUAUUGGUUGUUUUUGUAUCUGUGCCGAAGGAAAAGGUGACAAAAGGAAAAGUUUUUUCAGUCAUUGAUUAAAAUAGUUCAUAUUUUUAGGCUUAUUGUUGUGAUGAAGGACAUUAUGAUUGAAUAAAAAUGUACUAGAAAGAGCUCUCAAAUCUUUAA